GUGACCCUGUUUGAAUAUGCUAACAACAUUAGCCGCUGUUAGCUCAGGUUGUGUUUGUUUUUCUGAGUUUGAAUGUUGUUGUUGUUGUUUACAGUCAGUGAGAGGAGCUCGCGCAGCAGCGUCACCCACAGCAGGGAUCUGUGGCAGUUGAGGGCGGAGUUUUCCCGUUUCUCCUCCUCUCUCCUGUCCAGCUGUGACUCUGUCUCCUCCUCCCUGAGGCUCAGUGCUCCUCCCAUCAAACCCUCCUCCCCUGUGCCUCCCUCUCUUCUCCCCUCUGACCUCCCUCCCCCUUCCUCCUCUCCUCCUCUGUCCUCCACCCUGGUCCUCCCUCCUCGGGACUCCUCGCUGUCCGUUCCUCCUCACAUCUCCUCCUCCACCCUGGGAACCUUCACCUUGGGAGAGUUGGAGCACCAUGAGGAGGAGCAGAGGAGGUGGGAGGAGAAAGAGCGAGAGCUUUCAGAGCUGAAGCUUCUUCAUGAGAGAGAAAUGUUACAUCUGAAUGAACGGGUUGCAGAGCUGUCUCACUCACUGCAGGCCGUCGACAGUCAGAGGGAGAGAGAGGUAGAGAGACAUAGAGAAACAGAGAGAAACCUGCAGUCUGUCAGUCAGGCUGUGAUCAAACUGUCCAGAGUCCUCAGCAGCAGCAGGUCUCUGUGCGUCCCCUCAGACAGCGUCCUGGAUCUGUCCUCCCUGCUGUCGGUCCUGUCUCACACUGAGAGCGCCCUGCAGUGGAGACACGAGGAAUUGCAGGGGGCGGAGCUAUCUCUGCGGCGGCUCGGCGAGGAGAAAUCGGCUCUGCAGCUCCGACUGAAACAGCUGGAGGACGACAACCAGCAGCUGCACACGCACACGCAACACACACAGCUGGAGCUCACACACACUCUGGACACACUGAGCAGGGAGCGUGAGACAUUGUCCUCGCUGCGUCUGCAGGUAGAGGAGGUGGAGAGGAGGGAGGAGGAGGUGAAGAGAGAGAACGACAGGCUGAGGAGGGAGAGAGACAGACAUGAGGAGAGAAACAGACAGCUGGAGACAGAGACACACAGACGAGUUGAAACUGAGCUGCUGGAGAACGUCCAGCUGACUGAGAGAGAGACUCUGCACCGUUUGGAGAUCCACACUCUAAAGGGGGCGCUGGAGAGACAGCAGUUGGACAGACAGAGAGCAGAAGAAGAGGCUGCAGACGCCAGAGACGCCCUGCAGAAGUCCAGGGAGUGUGUGUUGCAUCUCUCGUCCUCUGAGUGUGUGUUGAAGCGGGAGGUGGAGGAAGGGCGGGACGCUCUGGACAAAAUGACCGCCCUGACCUCGGCUCUGGCCUCGGACAAGAGAGACCUGAACAAACAGCUGCUGCAGCUGGAGUGUGAGCUGUCAGACAGCCAAUCACAGCUGCAGGCUCUGAGGUCAGAGGUCAGCUCUCUGCAGAGGGAGGUCAAAACCCUCAAACUGGACUGCAGCCAGCUCAGUGCAGAGGAUGGUGGGAGGCCUACAUUGUCCGUGCUGAGAGAAAGGAGAGAAGAGACGGAGAGAAUAACGGAGGGAGAAGGAGAGACAGUUGGUCCUCCUCACGGAGGAAGAGAGGAAGGUAUUGGCGGUCAGCUGAGGAAGCAUGCCAGUGUGCGGGGAGCUGAAGGAGCGGCAGGAGCAGCUGCGCAGGCGGUUGGAGAGGCGGGAGAGGAAGACAGGCCCGAAAAGCCAGGGGGAGGAGCAGCAGAGGUGAAGAACAGGAGGUUGCGCAGGAGGAGCAGGACAGAGGGACUGACGGAGGAGAAGGAGGAGAGACAAAGAGAGGUGGAGAGACGGAUGGAGGAGGUGACGGAGAAGGAGGCGCAAAUCAGCUGCAUGGUGGAGGAGAUACAGCGGACAGAGAGACUGCAGGAGGAGGUGAAGAGGACGAAGAUUAGGAUGAGAGAGGAGGAGUCAGAGAAGGAGGUGGAGAGAUGGAGGAAGAGGGUGGAGGAGGUAGAGGAGGACAAUAAUAGACUGAGAAAUGAAACCUCCGAACUUAAGGAGGACAGACAGGAGGAGAAAUUGCAGGAUGAAAGGAGGAGGAGAAGGGAGGAGGAGGUGGACAGACUGAAGAGCGAGUCAGAGAAGGAGGUGGAGCGAUGGAGAAGGAGGGUGGAGGAGGUGGAAGAGGAGGUUAACAGAUUGAGAAAAGAAACCUCCAAACUAGAGGAGGAAAGGAGAGAGAAGGAGAAACUGCAAGACAAGGAGUUGGAAAUGAGGAGGAGAAGGGAGGAGGAGGUGGAAAAACUGAGGAGUGAACUGAGGAUAGCGGAGGAGGAGGAGGAGAGACUGCUGGAGAAGGUGGGGGAGGUGGAGCUCUUGAGGGUGAGGCUGAAUGUGGCCACGGAGGAGUGUGAGGAGAUGAAGGAGGAGGUGGAGAGGAGGGAGCGCAGCCUGGAGCGACAGAUGAGUGCCGUGAGGGAGAGGGAGGAGGAGGUGGAGGAGCUGAAGAAGCGACUGAGACUGGUAACAGAGCGAGAGGAGGAGGGAACGAGGGAGCAUCAGGAGGCGAACGCCAAACUGAAGCAGAAGGAGGCGAAGGUGGAGCAGCUGGAGGAGCUGCUGAAAGAAACCCGGGUGCUCCUUCAGAAAGAGAGGAGGGAUGGAGGAGAAAAAGACAACAGGAUCUCCUCCCUGGCCAGGGAGCUGCAGGAGGCUCAGGCCGAAAGUGAGGGAGCGAGGAGGAGAGCCAGAGAGAAGGAGGAGGCCCAGGACCGGCUUGAGGAGGAGGUGAAGGAGUGGAGGGAGAAGGCAGAGCUGAGCGCGAGAGAGGCAGCAAAGCUCAGCCAUAUCCUGAAGGAGCGAGAGGAGGAGGCGCAGCAGCUGAGAGACACUCUGGAGGAGAAAGAAGAGGAGGGGAGAGAGAGGGAGGUGCUGAUGAGAACAGAGCUGGAGAGGAGGCGGAGGCUGGAAGAGAAAGUGAGGGAGGUGGAGGAGGAGCGGGAGGAAGAAAGGGAAGCACUGAGGAGAGCCAGGGAGGAGAGGAGGAGGUUGGAGGAGGAGCUGAUAGAGAGGGAGAAAGAAGUGGAGGAACAGAGGGAGAUACUGAGGAGUAAAGAGGAGGAGAAAAGGAGACUAGAGGAUGAACUGAGGGAGUUGAAAGAGGAGCGAGGGAGACUGCUGGAGGCUGCGAGAGGUCAGCACCUCCUGUUGGAGGAGAAAGGGAGGUCCAGAGAGAGAGAACUGGAGGAGGAGAAGGCAGGACUGUCUAAGGAGCUGAGGAGGAAGGAGAGGGAGGUGACAGCACUCAGAGAGGAGGUACAGAGGGAGAGGGAUAAGACACAGGAGGAGCUGAGGAGGAGGAGAGAGGAGGUGUCUGUAUUUAGAGAGGAGGUAUUAAGGGAACAAAGGAAGAAGGAGGAGGCACAGGAGGAGUUAAUAAAGAGGAGAGAAGAGGUGACAGCUCUCAGAGAGGAGGUGCAGAAUGAGUGGAGGCAGAUGGAGGAGAUGCAGGAGGAGCUGAGAAGGACCAAGAAUGAGCUGACAGUCCUUAGUGGGGAGGUGCAGAAGGAGGAAAAGGAGAAGGAAGAGGUACAGGAGAAGUUAAUUAGGACAGAGAAAGAGGUGACGGCUCUCAGAGAGGAGGUGCAGAAUGAGCGGAGGAGCAGGACAGAGGUCCGGGAGGAGCUGAGGCAGAGGGAGGAGCUACAGGAUGAGCUGAGGAGGAGCGAGAGAGAAGUGUCUGUACUUAGAGAGGAGGUACAAAGGGAGAAGGAGGAGAUGCAUGAGGAGCUGAUGAAGAGGAGAGAAGAGGUUACAGCUCUCAGAGAGGAGGUGCAGACAGAGUGGAGGAGGAGGGCGGAGAUGCAGGAGGAGCUGAGGAGGACCAAGAAUGAGCUGACAGUCGUCACAGAGGAGGUGCAGAAGGAGGAGCAGGUACAGGAGAAGUUAAUGAGAACAGAGAAGGAGGUGACGGCUCUCAAAGAGGAGGUGCAGAAUGAGCGGAGGAGGAGGGCGGAGGUCCAGGAGGAGCUGAGAGGAGUCCAGCAGAGUGUGGAGGUGUCUGGUCUGAGCCGGGAGCGAGCGAGGCAGGAGGUGAAGGAGAAGGAGGAGGAGAAGCAGCAGAUGAGGGAGGGUCUGAGGGCGGCGCUGGAGGAGAUGACCAAGCUGAAACUGCUCCUGCAGGAGAGCCACACAGAGGGGGAGCGCCUGAGGAGCGCUCUGAAGGAGAAGAAAGAGGAGAUGGAGAGGUUCAGAGAGGAGAACCUGCGGACUGCGAGGGAGGAGGCGAUACGAGACAGCGAGGAGGUGGAGAAGGAGAGAGGAGAGGUGGAGGAGCUGAGAGCCAGAGCUAAGGCCCUGGAGAGGAGGAGGAGGGAGAUGAUGGAGGAGCUAGAGGAGGCUCGACAGGCGAAGGAGAAGGAGGAGGAGCGGUGGAGGAGCAAAGUGGAAGAGAUGGAGGAGGAGCAGGAGGUGAAGCUGAAGGCUCUGUUGACAGAAAUCCAGACACUGAAGGAGAGGGAGGAGGAGACGCUGAAGGAGUGGAAGUCCAGGGUGGAGGAGGUGACGAGGGAGGUGGAGGAGCAGAAAACACAGCUCUCCUCACUGACUGCUCAGAAAGAGGAGGAGAGAGAGGAGAUGGAUGGACAGAAGAGGAGGAGAAACCAAGAGACAGAUGACGAGGAGAGAGGAGGAGGAGAGCAGCAGGAGGAGCAGGAGGAGAAAGAAGAGACGAGGAGGCUGCUGAGGGAGAGAGAAGCUGAG